UUCCUCCCCCACCUUCCCCCACAUCUGCGUACCUCCUCUUUCUCUCUCCCCAGAUUUCCGCUCUCUCCAUUCCAUUGACUCGCAUUACAUCUAUUGCCAUUUUUUCUCCUACCAAGAGAGAAGCAAUCUUUUUAUUCCUUGUAUUGGUGUUCCUUGGAGUUGACUGUCUAUAUUCGCACCAUGGACGUUUCCGGAGGAUAAAGUCUUCGUUUUCUUCUGCUUCACUGAGAACGGUGAAAUGUUUGUGAGAAGACACGGUUCACUCGGUCUGAAACUUGAUUACUCAGUUUGCCAAUCAAUCGGAAGGAACUUCUCUAGGGGAAAAAGCUCUGGGAUGGCAUUUGAGCCAGAUUAUAAGAAGCCAGGAAUUUUAUCAUUGACUUCCCGGAAUAUCAUUCAUUUUGUCAAGUUCUCGAGACCUUGGUCAUGCCGAAUUCACAUGGGAGAUGAUGGAUACCAUGAAAACUUAUAAUGCCACUUUUAUUUUAAUUAUUCAAAUUUCUUCAUAUCUUUGAUGGGGGAUCAUUUCAUAACUAUUUAUUGAAAGUCCCUUUCAACCUGGUUUGGUCCCUUUUGAGUAACUUGUCAAGAUGAUGGAAGUCAUGCAUCGACCUGUUCUAACAGAGACUUGCGGGAUGGGUGGGAGAAAAAGAUUAAUGGGUUCGCCAAUGUGCUUGGGGACAGUGGCCCAGAAUGACCCGAGUUCAUUCAAGGCAGCCAUAUAUCAUCCGCAAGCAUCUGAUGGCUAUGAGCCUAUUUUGCCUGGUUUACCAGAUGAUGUUGCCAAGUACUGUCUUGCUCUUGUUCCCCGUCGCUACUUCCCUGUUCUUGGUCGUGUUUGCAAAAAAUGGAGAUCUGUAGUUGAGAGUAAGGAAUUUACCAUUGUAAGAAAGCAUGCCAAGAAGUUAGAGGAGUGGAUAUAUGUGCUGUGUGAUGAUAAAUAUGGGAAAGGGAGCCACUGGGAGAUUUUGAGUUCUCUUGGGUGUGGGCAUCAGCGUCUUCCUCCAAUGCCUGGUCCAUUGAUGGCUGCAUUUGGAGUUGUGGCAGUUGAUUCAAAGCUUUUAGUCAUGGCAGGUUAUGUUGUGGAUGGAGGUCCUGAAACUGUCUCCGCAGAUGUUUACCAGUACGACUCCAGACUCAACAGAUGGAGUACACUUUCAAGGAUGAAUGUUGCUCGCUAUGACUUUGCAUGUGCUGAGGUUGAUGGUAUGGUUUAUGUAGUUGGAGGCUAUGGAUCAAACGGGGAAAAUCUUUCGAGUGCGGAAGUUUAUGAUCCAGAUAAAAAUGAGUGGACAAUGAUAGAAAGCAUGCGUCGUCCAAGGUGGGGAUGUUUUGCUUAUGGCUUUGAAGGCAAGUUGUAUAUUAUGGGUGGACGAUCAAGUUUUACGAUUGGUAAUUCAAGGUUUGUGGAUGUUUACAACCCCAAGUGCCACUCCUGGUGUGAGAUGAAAAAUGGGUGUGUUAUGGUGACUGCGCAUGCUGUACUUGGGAUGCAGCUUUUUUGCAUGGAGUGGAAGAACCAGAGGAAGCUGGCCAUCUUCAAUCCAGUUGACAAUUCAUGGAAAAUGGUUCCCGUUCCAGUUGCAGGAAGUUCAUCCAUUGGGUUUCGUUUUGGAAUACUCGAUGGCAAAUUGCUGCUUUUCUCCAUGAAGGAAGAACCUGGGUAUCAGACAUUGAUGUAUGAUCCAGAUGCUGCACCUGACUCACAAUGGAAGACAUCUUCCCUUAGGCCACCGGGUUCAUGUUUGUGCAGUGUAACCAUCAAAGGUUGAAGUAGGCAAAUGCCCUAGACUUUGUUAUUGUACUCUAGCUUCUAGUACUUUCAUCUCGUGCUGCUAGCGCAGACAUAUUAGAACUUUUCCUGGAAGAGGCUUGGUGCUUUGAUAUGCCAAGAUCUUCUUGCUUAUGGUUCUCGUUGGUAUGUAUGUUUUAUUUAUUUCUGGCUUGACUUAAUCUCUC